AUGCUUUGUGUUGAGUGCAUUCAGUUGGGCUUUCCACCUUACUUUCAGUGCAUCUCCUGUCCACGUGGCCAGAAAAACAAUCGCACCACCUGCCACGAUGUGGACGAGUGUGCCGUCUAUCAGCCCUGCGAUGAAAUAGCCAUUUGCAAGAAUCUCAAUCCAGGCUUCCGCUGUGGCCCCUGUCCGCCCGGAUUUGAUGGCAUUCAUGCUCAUGGUUAUUCAGCUGACUAUCUAGCUGUGGGCUUUCAGAAGCAAACUUGCCUGGACAUAGACGAAUGCAAGAUGGGCUUCUUUAGAUGUCCAGAACAUUCAAGCUGUCACAAUACCAUUGGCACCUACCGAUGCCAGUGUCAUGAUGGUUAUGUGGCCAAUGGCACCUUUAGCUGUCUGUCUAUAGCGGAUCUCUGUCCCGAUGGCAGCAUCUGCGCAAGAAAUGCUGAAUGUGUGCCAAUAGAUAACUAUCACUAUCAGUGCCGCUGCAGCGUUGGUUGGGCGGGUAAUGGAAGGAUCUGUGGUAGGGAUCGUGACCUGGAUGGCUGGCCGGAUGAGUCACUUAACUGUGCGGAGCCGCACUGUCGCCGCGAUAACUGUCCAGAUUUGCCCAAUUCGGGACAGGAGGAUGCUGAUUUGGAUGGCAUUGGCGAUGGCUGCGACGAGGAUGCAGAUAGCGAUCAAGUGCUCAACAGCAAGGACAAUUGCCCGUUUGCGUACAACAGCGAUCAGAUUGACUCGGAUCACGAUGGUGUUGGCGAUGCCUGUGACAAUUGUAUUUUUAUUUCGAAUCGCAGGCAACUGGACUCGGAUGAGGAUGGGUUGGGCAAUGAGUGUGAUGAUGAUAUGGAUAAUGAUUCGAUGCUGAAUCAGUAUGAUAAUUGUCCACUGCUUCGCAAUCCAAAUCAGUCCGAUAUGGAUAACGAUGGUGUGGGAGAUGUGUGCGACAAUUGUCCCACAAUUCCAAAUCCGGCGCAGGAGGAUCGUGACAUGGAUCUGGUGGGUGAUGCCUGCGACAGUGACAUUGAUGGUGAUGAUGAUGGUAUACAGGACUCAGAGGAUAAUUGUCCAAUGGUCAGCAAUUCAGAUCAACUGGACACGGAUGCCGAUGGCAAGGGCGAUGCCUGUGACGAUGACAUGGACGGCGAUGGUGUGCCCAAUUACAGAGACAACUGUCCACUGGCCAGAAACUCUGACCAAUUGGAUCUGAAUCGCAAUGGCAAGGGUGACCUUUGUGAGGAUGAUGAGGAUGAGGAUGGCACACCCAACAUCAUCGACAACUGUCCAAAUAAUUCCAUGAUACAUCGCACUGAUUUUCGCACAAUACGUUCGGUUAUAUUAGAUCCGGAGGGUGAUGCACAGCUGGAUCCCAAUUGGGAGGUGCACGCAAAUGGUUCGGAAAUAAUACAAACUCUAAACUCCGAUCCGGGACUGGUGGUGGGCAGUGAUUCAUUUGGUGGGGUCGAUUUCGAGGGCACUUUCUAUGUCAACGAUGAUACGGACGAUGAUUAUGUGGGCUUCAUAUUCAGCUAUCAAAGCAAUCGCAAAUUCUACGUGGUGCAGUGGAAGAAGGGCACACAAACCUAUUGGCAAUCGUCGCCCUUCCGUGCCUCCGCCGAGCCAGGUGUGCAGAUCAAGUUGAUUGAUAGUAAUACUGGACCAGGGUCCAUGCUGCGCAACAGCUUGUGGCAUGCCGGCGAUACGCCCGGACAGGCAAAACUGCUGUGGAGGGAUCCGCUAAAUGCGGGCUGGAAAGAGAAGACAUCAUAUCGCUGGUCCCUGGUCCAUCGACCUGUCAUUGGACUCAUCCGGUUGCGCAUAUUUGAGGGCGAACGUUUGAUACUGGAUUCGCACAACGUCUAUGAUGCCACACUCACCCUCAAGGGCGGACGUUUGGGCGUUUUUUGCUUCUCACAGGAGAUGAUUAUAUGGUCGGAUCUGGUAUACAAAUGCAACACACGCCUAACGCCCCUCAUCUACAAUGAGUUGCCCACACAUCUGAAGCUGAAGGUGGAACUGGAAAACUAAGCAUUGCAAUCCGGUCGUUGUUGCUGCAUUUCGUUUUAGGCCCAGCUUUCGAAGCAGGCAAAUGUAACUGCCAUAAAUCUUAACAAAAUUAACUAAGCUCUUAUUUAUUAAGUCGCCCAGACGCGUCUAUCUAUGUUUAAUAC